AUAAUUCGGAUCAACCGAUGCUAAGGCUUCAGAUUAUGGGAUUAGCUAGCCAGGGUUUGAAUUUCUUAAGAAGCAUCAUUUUUCUAGAGGUUUCAGAUAUCCGUCUUAGACGUGUACCAACUCACUCAAAGCUUAUUUGCAAUGUUCCCUCCAGAUUACCUUCAACCAUCUAACAUCAAAGUGAUCUUUUGUUUUUUAAAUCCUAAUUUAUGAUAACCUUGAACAAAAUAUUCAUUUGCUUUUGUCAUAUACUUUUUUAUCGUUUUUUAUAUCUUAUUUUCUAAUUGUGGAAUAUGUGUUUAUAAGCCUUCGUUUUGAUUUUCUAGUUUACACUCUCAGGCAAUUGAUUUGUGGAAUAAUUAAGUACAUUCUAUUAACCAGAUGAUUCAGUUAAAAAAUGUCCUCUUUCAAGAUUUUUAACCAUAGUAAGGUUUAGUCCUCAUAAUUGAAUACACUUUUUUAUUAGAAUUUUUGGCUCUAAAAAUUAGUGGAUUAUAACGAUUAGAUUGGUAAAUUAAUCCUUCUAACUGAUGAUCUUGUCUUUUUUAUCAUUUCAAUGUUGGGUUUAAAUCAAUCAUUCUGUCUCGAGAACAUCUAUUAUUCGACCACAUUGCAUUUCGUCUAUCGACUGGCAUUGAAUCCAUUCAUUUUAAUAGCUGGGAACACGUUCAUAAAAUCCUGAUCUAUAAUAGUGUCAUUUUUUAUAUUUCAUUCUCUGAGCUGGAUAAUCUACUUAUGAAGUUUACACUCUUUCGAGACAAUAUUGUCAGCAUAACAUUCAAAUAGUAUUGAUGUUCGUAGUUGUUUAAUCAUUGUUUAUUGUUAAUUGACAUAUCGAAAACAGAAGUAUGGUUUUAUUAAUCAUUAUAGAUACUGGACCACUAUGAUUCGACAUUGAAACUUUCUAUUCGAGAGAUAUUUAAGCAUUAGAUUUCUUUUUAUGUUGUAUAUUUGAACAAUGUUAAUAAUUUAUGCGUUUUUUUAGCUGUAUAACCCACUUCUCUUCAAUAGCAGUGGUAUAUCAUCGAGUUAUUGCGCAUAAAUGUCAUUAGCUCCUGUAUAUAAAUUCAAAUAAGAUAAAAAAAAACUGAUUUUGUGAUACUAUGUUGAAACUAUUUCUGAAAUUCAGAUGAGAUAUUCAAUUGAUUGUAGGCAGUCAAAUCAAGAUCUUUUAUGGAUCACUAUACUAUCUACGAAGAUAAGGGUUAGAUUAAAUCCAUGAAUUCUCACGUGUGUAGUAUCUGUUCUCAGAAGUGUAAUGUUUAGACAAAUUAGUUUUAAAAAUGUAAUGUACAAUCUAAAGUGCAGUAAACAGAUAUAAAGUAAUAACUAAGAAUGUAAAACAGACGAAUGCAAUAUUAUAUAAAAAAAGUAUUUUACUAAUAAUACUCAAGUUAUACUGAUUUAUUUAGUAAAUAAGUUUUCAAAUUCACUUUCGUCCACCCUAAUCACUUACUUCUCCUAAACCUAUUGUUGGUAAGAUCAUCUUUCCAAGUAAGCUCAUUGUUUUGUGCUCUAAUAGUUUAAAAUUAUUGAGUUCACAUUCUAAUGCACAUAUGUAGUACUCAAUAUUUCUAACCUUAUGUGCCGAAUUAAAUAACAAGAUGUAGUAACUGUAACCUAAUACUCUUUGUUUAUGAAUAUUUCUUGUUGUCUUUAUUUGGUUACAUUUUAUUACACUUACCUGUCUUUGAUGAUUCAAUGAACAACCAAGAAUAUACAUAUGAUUCGAUUUGUUAACUGGUUAUCUUUUUAUGAUAGAGAUACAUUGAUAAGUUAUAGAUUAUUUUCUUAGAAAUGUAACUUUUCCUUCUUUAUUUUUCCUUCAAUAGUUUCUUAUAAAAGAAAUUACUAAUCUUCGUGAGUUAAGUCAACGUAAAAUGGAAUUUGUUGAUGAAGCUGAUAGAUAUAAUCAAGAAUUGGAUAAUAAUAAUCGUCAAUUGAUGCGUAAAAUUUCCGAAGAUCAACAAAAGAUUCAGCGACUCAAACAAGUUUAGAAAAUCACUGUUUCUUUGGACCAAUGGAUAUUCAAUUCAAAUUUAAUAACCCGUUAUACAGAUGAAUUAAUGGAAUGGCUGAUCAUAGGGUUACCGGUUAGACCUAUUCUACCCGACAUGUUUAUAACCAAUAUUUAAUAAACGAAAAUGAGACGUCAAAUAGGGGACAUAACAUUAUACAGAAUAUGUAUGGACGAUGUAUUUAUUGUUUGUAACAAUUUGUAUAUACUCCUUGAUUCCUUUGCCAACUCAGCAAAACACAUGGAAACAUCAAAUUUACAAUGUAAUUUGAACAUAACGAUCAAUCCAACUAUCUAGAUCUAAACACAUAACGAAGAAUGUCCUAAAUGUCAAUUGUUAAUAAAAAUCCGUUUUCACCUCUUUUGAAUUUAAAAGGGAUGAAGUUUCAGGUAGAGUUGGUUAAAUUUAUAAAGUGGUCCUUAAAAGAACCUAUUCUGCAGCACAACCGGUUUUUACAAUAAAGAACUAAAUCUUCGUUAACCCAAAUAAUGGUGGAUCAAUGCCUUUCUGUGGUAACUUUUUAAAGUAUUCAUGAAUAAACAAACGUUUGUGUUAGCGAAUACACAAGAAAGGCUAAAACAAGAAGUUUGCAUCAAUUUUUUUAUUCGAACAAUCAAGUGAUCGCAUAAUUGCUUGAACAGUUAGGUUUGUGCAAUCAGGCUACACACCCGACCUCUAUUCUAAUCAAUAUGAAUUCAAUAGUCAUGAUUCUGUCCUCUUAGCAGUAGACAAUUAUAUCCGGCGUAUCGUUUUAUCUGAGUCUAGAAUAAAAUAUUAUUCCUUUUGAAGUAAAUCUGACAUGCUUUAAAUAUUCAAUUUGUGUGCGACAUUCAAGAUUUUCAGGUAAUUCUCUGUUCAUUUGAUGGAUGAACACUGUAUAAAGUGGGGCAAUUUUCAAUGGAGAUUUCUUUUUAAAUAUUUGAAGUUAUCUCCAACUGUCUGUUACCAAUACAUCACCUUUGUACACCCACAUAAUUUGAAUGAAAAUGACAAAUAUAAUGAAAUGUAGGGCUUGAAAUGAAAUCCUCAAUGAAGAUUGCACUUUCUAUCCAUUAAAUGAAUGGGAAAUUUCACUGGUUGAAAUCAUGAGUCAAUUGAAGUUAGACCACCAUGGAAAACCUAGAAGCACUGGACGGCCGUUUCGUCCCAAUAUGGGCUUCCUCAACAGUGCUCAUCUACGAUCCCGCCCCCCGUGAGAUUCGAACCCAGGACCUAUCAGUCUCGCGCCAGGCGCUUAACCAACUAGACCACUGAGUCGGCAUCUAACGGUGUUAAUGUCUAACUUCAACCAAUCCAAAUUACUCACAGCUAUUGAACAUUGAAAAUGUGAUAAAUAAAUGCAAACUUUCGUUUGUGGAAUUUUUUUAAUUUUUUUGUACCUAAUUUCAAACUAUGACAAUAGGGAAGUAAAUGCACUUUUGCUCUCUGUAUUGAUCGAGUUUAUUUUUAUUAUGUUUUAGGAUAAUUUUACAAAAAAAAACAUUAUCAGAUAUAUUAUUAUUAUUAAUGCGAAAGUGUGAUCCAUUAAUUACCAUUUUACAGAAAAAAUAAUGAUUUGUUAUUAAUGUUGCAAUUUUGUAAAACAUUGGUAUGGCACUUGUAAUAACUGCGAAGAUAACUAUAGUUAAGUAAUCAAUAAAUUAGUUCAUUUCCGGCUGUUUAACCGUAUUUUCGGUAACAUGUGCUUAGUUUGGGUGUAAUAUGUGUGAAGUUAUACACACUAAAUGGUAAUUUAUAUAUUGGAUUCAUCAUUUAACUAUCUGUAACUUGUUCAUUUGUAUUAGUUGUUUGAAACUUACCGUCAAUGUUAUGAUGAAUUUCUAUUGACCAGUCUCCUUUGGCAUGUGUGCAUUCUAUGAGCGUUGUCUUGGUAUUACAAUUAAAUCCCAAACAUUUCACUGCUAUCCAUUAUCUAGUUCUGCUUAAGUACUUGUGACCUGACGCCAAUAACUAGGCACUCCUUUCAGGAUCCAUACAUGCUAGAACGGAUUGAUCAAUUGUAGUUCAUACCAUCAACGAUAAAAUUUAAGCAACCAAUGAAAAAGAAUUAGUAUUCACCCCACUGCACAAGCUGGUGACUAUCUGAAUUUAGUAGUUAAGGCGACAAGGCGGUGGUCUUUUGAAACGAACGGUAGUGGGUUCAAGCAUUCGUGUGAGCACGAAGGCGGAUACAUGUGCAUUCAACUGAUGAGUUCAAAGUAGAGCGAAACACGCAUUCGGGAUUACACUGCGAGCCACCAUUCAACUCUAUUUUUAGGUAUAACUUGGUUUUUACUAACUAUAUUAAUAAUAACGAUUAUUAGCAGUACUAUUAGCGGUUUUCCUGGUUGCCAAUAAUGAUGAAUGAAUUUCAUGAGCUUUCAUUAACACUCCUUAAGCAAAUACCACUAUAUUUUAUUCAGUUGCAUCUCUGUUACAUUUUUGGAUUGAGGUCAGCAAAGAAAUUUAUAAUGGGUAUAUCGUUUUAUUUUAAGCUUAUCAGUUAUUUGUACCUGGAUUACAGUGUUGAUAUUCACUUUGAGACUCAAACCUAGUGUUGUGGACACUACUCACAAGGAUGUUUGUCAGUUGUGUGUAGCGGAACGUGAUGUCAAAGUUUCAGUGUAUCGGAAGCACUGCGUUGGCAGAACACUGGAAGAUGCAAAUGGACGACCGAAGACUAUAUAUAUAUACCUCCUACCUAUUAUAGUGUUUUACACUAGUACCAUUUAUUGUUCCAAACACCAAUAUAUACUAUCAGUGUAUAUUGACUGUUUAAAAUAAAUGACAAUUCAAUGAGUCAGUAUUCUGAUCAAGUAAUUAAUCGAUCAUAGAUAAAGAGUAAUAUACAACACUGAUUUUUUUCUCAUUCGUCUAUGACAUAUAGUCACAUCUUUAAGUAGUGUAAUCUUGUCAAUUAGUUAUAUCUGUUCGCUAUAGACUUUGUGAGUAUGUGUACGUAUUGGUGAGAUCCAAGACAAGAAAGGCUCUGAAAACACUGAGAAGCAUCUUAUCCAAUCAGUCUUCACUAGAGGCUUUGCCAGAAAAAUCUAGAAAGUGAAAAGGUACAUGUCGAGUUUCUGAUUGCGUGAUUACUUAUACUGCUAAUAUGCUUAAUAACAUUCCAAAAUUUUACCGAAACCCAAGGACAUCUAAAAUACUAUAAAAACCCUAGAUUUUCUGUGCACAAAGAAACCUUUGGAGUAAAACGUUUCUUCCAUAUCUCGCGCCUUUUUUCUCGUUUUCAAGUUGCUGUGUAAAUCUAUCCUGGGGGUUAUUAGAAGAGCUUAGGAACCGAAUCGAGCGUUCAAUUAGAGGGCUCAUCAGUACAUACAGUAAGUUCGUAAUUCGUCAAAGUCAAGUACUAUUCAGCUUACUAAACACAUAAAUAACUGUUGAUCAGUGUAAUUUAUGCGUUAAAAUUAGUGCAUCCAGAUAUCAGUUUGAUUUGUUUUUUAAGGAUCAAAUCAGUUCAUAUUUAUUUCAUUUGAUUCAUUUCAAAUUUUCUUUUUAUAUUGUUUCUUUUUUCUUUUCUAAAUUAGAUUAUCAAAUACAAUAGCCAUGUUAGAAGAACAAAUUGCUGGAUUAAUGGAACGAUUAAAAAAAUACGAUAAUCAAUCAAUGAUGAAAGGAACAGAAAUAAUCCAAUCAAAUUUUUCUUCUUCCACUUCAUCUCCAACUUCUACACCUUUACCAACUUAUCGACGACAUUUAUUACAAAAAAGUUCACCGACGUCUUCACCAUCAACAAUUAUAUCAUCAACCAAGAAAAUAAAUACAACUCUUAGGCCUAUUAAUACGAAAAAUAAUAAUAAUAAUAAUAACGUUGACGUAUUAUCUUUAAAAAAUAUACAUAGAUCAAUCAUUUUAAGUAAAAAUUAUGGCGGAUAUUUUCAAGAGAAAAUGAAAUCGAAACCAAUGUACAAUCAUUAUAAUAACAGAAGUAAAACUAAUCAAUAUAGUAACACUUCGUUUCCAGGUUAUCGUGAAAAGGGUGGUUUAUUCUUUAUUGAUGAUGAAUUAUUCGAUCAACCAGAUAUUGGUGUUGCUUCUAGUAAUAAUAAUAAUGAUAAUAAUAGUAUUCUUGGUGCUGGUAAUCAACUGAAAUUAUUACGAACAAAUUCGAAAUCCUCAUCCAUUUCACAGUUAACAUUUGAAAAAUCUUCAUAUGCACAAUUAUCAUCAUCUAAUUUAUGUAAUAAAAUGCCUUGGAUGUUGAUGAUCAAUUCGAAGAUGACAAAUGAAAAAAAAUGUACACUAUUAACUGAUCAUGAUGAUGAUGAUAAUAAUAUUAAUGAUACAUUGAAUAUAUCUUCAAUGUUACAUCGUACAUUUAGUUGGCCUCAUUUAAAUAAAAUGUUGUUUAAUUGUGAUGAUCAUACUGACUUAUUUUGUAAUUUGGCAAAUUAUGAUCAUUCUUCACAAUAUACAUUAAAUCCUAAUAUGAAUGAUAAUUUAAUAGAUGGGAAAGAUAAUCAUGAUGCUUCAAUUAGUAACGAUUAUCAUUGUGAAGCAUUUUCUAAUGGAAAUCAAGUCAACCCAUCAUCAGAAUCUAUGGGAUUAUCAAAUUCUCUAGUCAUUACAGAAUCUGAAGUUAUUCGGCCUGGCAGUCGUUCGUCUACACCAUCUCCAUCACAACACAAUGAUCAACACAUACUGACUAGUGAUCUUAACAAUAGUAAUAAUGAUAAUAAUGAAUCAAAUCAAAAAGAAAAUUCUUUUAUCACUGAAUUGAUUGAAAAUAAUUUAAUAGAAACAAAAACAAAUAGAACCAAUGAUAAAUUGAAACCAAGAAUAUCUGAUCAAAUUAAUGAUUUAUUAGAUGAUAUUCAUUUUGUUAGUUAUUUAGAUCGUAUUUAUAAUCCAUAUAUACGUUCACAAUAUCAUGAUUUAAUUCAUUUAGAUUAUAAACCAGCUUAUAGGCAAUUAUUUCAUGAUACAUUUAAUUUAUUAAAAAAUGUACGUAAUAUAGAUAAUCAGAUCAAAUAA